UUCUUUUAUAUAUUUUAAACUUUUUCCAUAAAAAUAGUUUAAGGAAAGUUAAAAAUGUUAUUUUUUAAACUGAAGGAGUAACAGCACCCUUUGUAGAAACAAAAGAUUUCUACACAGAAAAGUGAAGUCUCUCUCCUACUCCAGACCGUCGCACCCCUCUUCAGGGCAAUCCUAGUAACAAUUUCCCAUGUAUUUGUCAAGAAAGUUUCCAUGAAAAUAUAUUUUUUAAAUGUACAUACUCAUAAAUACAAAUAUUUUUAAAACCACAAAUGGUAGCGUAUUAUACACAUUAUUUUAUGCCUUAUGAAGUUUUAUUUCCCAUUUUAAUACAAUGAAUAUGUCUACAUAUUACAAUAUUGUGGAUUUUUAUGCUUUACAGUUGAGCUUCUUCCUUCGAGUUUCUUUGAUCUAAUCAAGAGAUAAAAGGCCUACAGCUUCACAUUCUUCAGGAUUAUUUACAAAAACGAUGGCUCAACCAAGGCUAAAUUUAGAUUACAGUCCCUAAUCUUAACACAGUUUUUAAGUUUAGGUUUCAGCUUUUGGGAUAUUAUUGUUACCUUGAAAAAUGUCAUGUUUAAAAACACCUCACACCCUCUACUAUAGAUUGGAUCUUGGGAAAUAGGGUUGAAGACCGGACCAAUACAAGAAUCCUCAUAACCUCCGCCCCGGCGCAUACCUGGGAGGGCUGCAGACAGUCUAAAGGCUGUGUUGACCUCAGCGCUGCGUCCCUCCAGCAACCGGCGAGUGCUGGGGCACAGGCCAUACCCCCCUAAGCUCGGCAUCGCCUGCACCUCUCACAGGUGCUCUGUCCGCCACAGUAACGCUCUAUGGAAAGUUGUACGGCGAACGACUGAGGGGGCCAAACGAGGUGGAUCUGGAGCGGCCGCAAGGUGCCUGUGCUGCUGGCUUUUAACACACAAUAAGAGUGCCAUGGGAUUACAAGAAGCCACAGGGGGAAAAACAAGUGACAUAUCUGCAUGGAGCCUAAAUUUCGCUUGGUGAUUUUCACGGCAGAAGCAUUACAUAUUAAAAACAAACAUUGCUAUUUUACGGGAAUACAGAAUUUAAAAAUCCACAGAUUCGCAACAUAAAACAUGCCGCCCAAAGACACGUCCGCUGUGUCUCGACAGUUCCGGCUCCGCCCGCGGGCCACGAGGUGGGGAGCGACGGUCACUCCACUCGGUUACCCGGAGUACUUGGGCGGGAACGGGGAGCGCCCAGGAGAGACGGGCUCCUGGGCCAGGGCCGCGUCUUAGCCGCCCUGCUUCUUAGCUCUCGAGGUCCCGCGUCUUACGUGUUAGCACCGCCCCGGGGCGUCAGCAUGACCCGAGGCUGCAGGAACCGUGAAUUCCCUGCCCCGAAGGCCCGGGUGACCGCGGGCGGCGCUCUCCCGCGCGCGGGGGGCGGGAUUUCCCCCGGCUGUUCACUCAGCGACCACAGCGACAUAAGAUGGUGUCCGCUAGGCGUCCCAGGACGGCUUCCUGAGGGACUGGAGGGCCCCGACAGCCGGAGAGCCUGCCCCGCCCCUUGGCCGGCACAGAUAGGACGGCAGCGAGCUCAGAAGUUUCGAACUCCAAGGGCCGAAGCACAGCCAAAACCCCACGGAACUUAACAAAUGUUUGUGGGGAGAACGCCGAAAACGCGGGGAGGCGGGGCUGGCGUACAGUCACCCUCUCGCGACAUCUAAGUGACUUCGCACAGCAAGCACGUGUUCUGGUCUUUCACCUUCAGUCAGCCUCCUCCGUUAUACGGGCCUACCCCUUUAAGCGAGUGAUGGACAGUUAUUUCAGCCUAUCAACUUCCUUGCCGAGAUCCAAUCAGAUUUAAACUUCUUUUAGCCGCCGGAGGAGUUGGAAAAAGGGGGUCGAAAGAGGGAGCUCACCGUCUCUCGCGAUAUCGCUGUGAGCCUGCCUCUCUGGAAAAAACGCCGAAACUGAUGGCCCGACCUCCCAAAUAGUGGUUUACAGGACGGGUUUAUAAGCCAAUGAAAGGGAUGAGGAGGUGGGGUUGCUGCUUUCACUGAGCAAGAAGUACCGUUACAGGGCAGACUUUUUGUCCAAUCAACACCUCCACACUUUGGGUCACGUGACCGCAGAGUGCGAGGGGCGGAGCUACAGUCUGGCGCGAGGAACCGUUAAGAUAGACAACAAAUGUAACCAAUGAGGUACUCUAACUAGGGGGUUGGGAACCCAAUAACAGUGGUUGGGCGGGCGCCUUCCUGGAGCGCGGGGAGAUGUAAAGAUAGACAAAUAAUUUUCCCAAUGAGACUGUAGAAGAGAGAGCUAAUUGGCCAAUGAGGACUGCGGGGCGGGACCCUGUGCCGCGGCGGAGUCCAAGAUGGCGGCGUGCGGUUCCGCUGUGUGAAACGAGCGCGGGGCGGCGGGUAAAUCAGCUCCGCGGAGACGACCUCCGACGACCCGCAACAAUGAAGGGAAAAGAGCGCUCGCCAGUGAAGGCCAAACGCUCCCGUGGUGGUGAGGACUCGACUUCCCGCGGAGAGCGGAGCAAGAAGUUAGGGGGCUCUGGUGGCAGCAAUGGGAGCAGCAGCGGAAAGACCGAUAGCGGCGGUGGGUCGCGGCGGAGUCUCCACCUGGACAAGUCCAGCAGUCGAGGUGGCAGCCGCGAGUAUGACACCGGUGGGGGCAGCUCCAGUAGCCGCUUGCAUAGUUAUAGCUCCCCAAGCACCAAAAAUUCUUCGGGCGGGGGCGAGUCGCGCAGCAGCUCCCGGGGUGGAGGCGGGGAGUCACGUUCCUCUGGGGCCGCCUCCUCAGCUCCCGGCGGCGGGGACGGCGCGGAAUACAAGACUCUGAAGAUAAGCGAGUUGGGGUCCCAGCUUAGUGACGAAGCGGUGGAGGACGGCCUGUUUCAUGAGUUCAAACGCUUCGGUGAUGUAAGUGUGAAAAUCAGUCAUCUGUCGGGUUCUGGCAGCGGGGAUGAGCGGGUAGCCUUUGUGAACUUCCGGCGGCCAGAGGACGCGCGGGCGGCCAAGCAUGCCAGAGGCCGCCUGGUGCUCUAUGACCGGCCUCUGAAGAUAGAAGCUGUGUAUGUGAGCCGGCGCCGCAGCCGCUCCCCUUUAGACAAAGAUACUUAUCCUCCAUCAGCCAGCGUGGUCGGGGCCUCUGUAGGUGGUCACCGGCACCCCCCUGGAGGUGGUGGAGGCCAGAGAUCACUUUCCCCUGGUGGCGCUGCUUUGGGAUACAGAGACUACCGGCUGCAGCAGUUGGCUCUUGGCCGCCUGCCCCCUCCACCUCCGCCACCAUUGCCUCGAGAGCUGGAGAGAGAAAGAGACUACCCGUUCUAUGAGAGAGUGCGCCCUGCAUACAGUCUUGAGCCAAGGGUGGGAGCUGGAGCAGGUGCUGCUCCUUUCAGAGAAGUGGAUGAGAUUUCACCCGAGGAUGAUCAGCGAGCUAACCGGACGCUUUUCUUGGGCAACCUAGACAUCACUGUAACGGAGAGUGAUCUAAGAAGGGCGUUUGAUCGCUUUGGAGUCAUCACAGAAGUAGAUAUCAAGAGGCCUUCUCGCGGCCAGACUAGUACUUACGGCUUUCUCAAAUUUGAGAACUUAGAUAUGUCUCACCGGGCCAAAUUAGCAAUGUCCGGCAAAAUUAUAAUUCGGAAUCCUAUCAAAAUUGGUUAUGGUAAAGCAACACCCACCACCCGCCUCUGGGUGGGGGGCCUGGGACCUUGGGUUCCUCUUGCUGCCCUGGCACGAGAAUUUGAUCGAUUUGGCACCAUACGCACCAUAGACUACCGAAAAGGUGAUAGUUGGGCAUAUAUCCAGUAUGAAAGCCUGGAUGCAGCGCAUGCUGCCUGGACCCAUAUGCGGGGCUUCCCACUUGGUGGCCCAGAUCGACGCCUUAGAGUAGACUUUGCCGACACCGAACAUCGUUACCAGCAGCAGUAUCUGCAGCCUCUGCCCUUGACUCAUUAUGAGCUGGUGACAGAUGCUUUUGGACAUCGGGCACCUGACCCUUUGAGGGGUGCUCGGGAUAGGACACCACCCUUACUAUACAGAGAUCGUGAUAGGGACCUUUAUCCUGACUCUGAUUGGGUGCCACCACCACCCCCAGUCCGAGAACGCAGCACUCGGACUGCAGCUACUUCUGUGCCUGCUUACGAGCCACUGGAUAGCCUGGAUCGCAGGCGGGAUGGUUGGUCCUUGGACCGGGACAGAGGUGAUCGAGAUCUGCCCAGCAGCAGAGACCAGCCUAGGAAGCGAAGGCUGCCUGAGGAGAGUGGAGGACGUCAUCUGGAUAGGUCUCCUGAGAGUGACCGCCCACGAAAACGUCACUGCGCUCCUUCUCCUGACCGCAGUCCAGAAUUGAGCAGCAGCCGGGAUCGUUACAACAGCGACAAUGAUCGAUCUUCCCGUCUUCUCUUGGAAAGGCCCUCUCCAAUCAGAGACAGACGAGGUAGUUUGGAGAAGAGCCAGGGUGACAAGCGAGACCGUAAAAACUCUGCAUCAGCUGAACGAGAUAGGAAGCACCGGACAGCUGCUCCCACUGAGGGAAAAAGCCCUCUGAAAAAAGAAGACCGCUCUGAUGGGAGUGCGCCUAGCACCAGCACUGCUUCCUCCAAGCUGAAGUCCCCGUCCCAGAAACAGGAUGGGGGGACAGCCCCUGCGGCAUCAGCCUCUCCCAAACUCUGUUUGGCCUGGCAGGGCAUGCUUCUACUGAAGAACAGCAACUUUCCUUCCAACAUGCAUCUGUUGCAGGGUGACCUCCAAGUGGCUAGUAGUCUUCUUGUGGAGGGUUCAACUGGAGGCAAAGUGGCCCAGCUCAAGAUCACUCAGCGUCUCCGUUUGGACCAGCCCAAGUUGGAUGAAGUAACUCGACGCAUCAAAGUAGCAGGGCCCAAUGGUUAUGCCAUUCUUCUGGCUGUGCCUGGAAGUUCUGACAGCCGGUCCUCCUCUUCCUCAGCUGCAUCAGACACUGCCACUUCUACUCAGAGGCCACUUAGAAACCUUGUGUCCUAUUUAAAGCAAAAGCAGGCAGCCGGGGUGAUCAGCCUCCCUGUGGGGGGCAACAAAGACAAGGAAAACACCGGGGUCCUUCAUGCCUUCCCACCUUGUGAGUUCUCCCAGCAGUUCCUGGAUUCCCCUGCCAAGGCACUGGCCAAAUCUGAAGAAGAUUACCUGGUCAUGAUCAUUGUCCGUGGGUUUGGUUUUCAGAUAGGAGUUAGGUAUGAAAACAAGAAGAGAGAAAACAUGGCGCUGACCCUGUUAUAGUGGUUAUAGUGGUGUCCCUAAAGGGAGAAAAUGAUUUCAGGUAACUACAGUGAAAUGUUAAGCUUAAUGAAGAGUUUUAUAUGUGUGGUUUAAACAGAGUUGAAAAGUGAGAUUCCUGAAGUGUUCUUUGGCUGUUUAACAAUUAUUUGUAUGAGUGUUUUCUUAAAAUAACGGCUGCUGUCUUUGGUAACAUAGAUGAGGGUGGAUUUUUAAAUGGCUUUGUAUCGACCCCUUUCUACAAUAAUGGAGUAGUCUAUGUUGCUCCAUAUAAAUUACAGAAUGAAAAUAGAUGGGGCAAAAGUUUGACUAAACUUCACCUUUUUAUAGUUUCACUUUUUAAGUUAUAUUUAGAAUAUAUUGAUAGAUUGUAAAUUGAUUGUGAAACUUUUUUCUGAAUUUUUUCGACAUGUUUUACUCAGUUACAUGAGUAUAAAGGAUAUUUUCAGUCCUGUUAUCUUCAAUUGCAGUCUUUAAAAAAAACCCACCCUAUUGUUCUACUUGUUAUGUGUCUGUUCAUACAGUAAAUUCAUUUCAAGGUUUAUGCCAAUGGGUAUUAUUGGUGCUUUUUGAAGUUGAGGUGAACCAUCCAGGAAGGUCUUGUUAAUGUUAUGUUCAUCUAUAAUGGCAUAGGGGAAAUAUAUAUAUUUUUAAUAUUGUAAACAUUUGUACUGAAUAACCUUUUUUUCCCCCCCCCGCAAGCAAAACUGGUUGAACAGCGGAUGAAGAUAUGGAAUUCAAAGCUCUAAUGGACCUUUUUGAAGAGAAGUUGUGGCUUAUGUGGAGUUUACAUGGGCCUCUGAUGGAAGAAAGCUAAUCUGUUUAGUAUUUGUGCAUUUUACUAAAAUGGCAGCUUAAAGUUGUGUAUCUGCUAUUGUGAUGCCAAUGCCGGUGUUUUAAGUGGAAAAAAAUGACCUCUUUGCUUUGUGCUGUGUACACAAGAUUUCUGGAAAAGUAAAGAAAAACCCUUUUUAUGGCUCACACAGCUUAAGAGUAGCUGUCUCAAACGUGCGCUCACAGUUGAGCUGCUUUUGUUUUAUUCUAAAUAAAUUGUUUCUUUUGAGGAAAA